AUGCAUAAAAGGGCACAGGCAUUGCCAUCUAAGCUUAGGAAUCUUCGGAAUGUAAUACAUGUUUCAAAGCAUUCGGGAUAUGUUUACAUACCGACGGUUUUAUCUGCCAUAGAGGAAUGCCCCAGCGUUACGAAACCUGUUAUUCAUUACAGAGCAUAUUCAAAAGUAUCAUGGUUUAAUCCAUUGAGUAAGUUCAACAGCCAGAAGAAGAAUUUGGAUAAAGAAAAGUUGGGUAUAAUUAUAGAGGAACCAAAUGAAAAUAUUGAAGCUACAAUAGAAGGAAAUUAUUUUCGAACGUUCAAGCAUUAUUUGAAAACCACCGAAAUACCGGUAAAUUUAAGAAGGCGUAUAUUAAGUGAAAAGUUAUCAGAGUUUGUAAAACAAGUGCCUAAUUUUGCCGAGAACCCAAUGACACUCCCUAUUUUGAACAGCGUCUUUUUAAAUUUAUAUAAUCUAAAUGGAAGACAACUCGAAGACCCGAAAACAGGAAUGAUUAAGGGAGUUUUAAGCCUCGAGGAUUUGAUUACCUUAUUUGAAAAGUCAUCUAUAGCAGUAUCAAAUGAAAGGGAAGGAAACUUGCUUCUAUCAGAGUCCAUGGCUAUAUUAGCUCAAUACUUUUUGAGACAGGAAUCAAAUUUGGUUCCAGUGAAGUUAUUAGUCCAUGUUGUUGACUUAGGAUCAUCAAUAAGGCACAGUAACUUCAGAAAUACGUUAGAGUUACUCGUGAAGAGCCGGAAAUCGAGUUUAAACCCCGAAUUUACGAUGCAUUUAUUAAAAUAUUACGAUACAAAAGGGCUGUUAACUCUGGCCGUGUUUGAUGAUAUCUUAUUCGUGAGCAAAAAAUAUCCAAAUGCAGAUAUACUUGAUGACUACUUCUAUAAUAAAUACAUAGAAUAUGUUGAGCUGCUAUAUGCUCUCGUACCGCCAAAGGUACACGAAUACAAAAACUUGGAGAGAGAUAUUGAUAGAAUACAAAUUAUUACCAAUAGAAGAGUUAUAGGAGGUGCAAUUCUUGAUAAGCUAUCCGUGGGAGUAUUGCUUAAGUUAUUGAGGCUAGCUACAGAGCUAGAAACAGUAAAUAGAAGAAAGGAGACACAGCAAUCUAUUACAAAGAUAUUAGAUUUCUUUGUUAACAAACCAAAGGAGCAAUUAGACUCAGCUUUAAAAUUGAUUCAAGAAGAAAUAUUCAAACAGGAUUUUGGAGAUGAGGCUCUAGCAGAGACUCUCCUACUAGUUACAUGGUCUAAUACUAAGUAUAAAGUAAUCGCUCAAUCUUUAACUGAUUAUAUUUUAGCAGAUAAUAUAAAGUUUUCAGAAAUUUUGAGAUUUCAAGCAGCCGUACAGGAUUUUGUUGGAAAUGCAUCGAAAGAUAUAUCUGAGAGUGAAUUGGCCAAUACAGUCAUUCAAAGGGUAGAUAAGUUACUUGAAGAAAUAAAGGCAAACGAGAUGGAGAGUGAUGAGGAAAUUGAUUUGUCGGAGCUAUAUAAUAGAAUAAUUCAAUCUCUGCUUACAAUAGGGAAUAUUUCGCCUAGAGGAGAUUUUACCGACCUUUUAAUGAGAUAUUUCCAAAAAUCAAAGAAUGUUGAGGCUUCUGUUUAUUCUUACAAGUAUCGCCUAGAUAAAGCAAUCGACUUAUCAGAUUAUAUUCAAGCAGUGAACAUUUUUGAAGAUAGUUUGGAAAGUUUCACACAAUGGCCUUGUCAUAGUGAUCCAACAAUUCAUCGUUCCUUGAAUGACUUAAUUAUUCUUGUAUGUCAUAACAUGGAAGACAUUCAGCUGAUUUUUCCAAUUUUCACGAAGAUCAAGCAACAAAUGGUCAAUACACAGUGUAGCGCUGGAGCGAUUAAAGCAAUGGCAGUAAAAAUGUUACAAGCUGAAUAUGUUGGCGACUUGAUUGAAAUGCUUAAGCGUGAAUUACCAAAAAUAGAUAAAGAUGAUACGAUAAAACUACCAAUCGAAAGUGAAUAUGACAUAAAAUAUCGAGAACUUUUCAAACUUUUGCAUGACUUUGUUAUAGCUUACAAUAAUGAAGACACACAUGAGACAAAUUGGGUGUUAUAUGGAGAAUUACAUAAAUAUUUCCACGUUCCUUAUGAUACUUAUCUACCAGCCAUGAAAUUUUUCUGCGAAAAAGACAGGCUAAAUGCUGCGCUUAUCAUAUUUAGACAGAUUAAAAAGUUGAGUGAAUUGCAUGGAAAUCAUAACCAUUUACCACCUCUGAGAGAUAUGUAUAUGUAUUUAUUCCAAGCAUUUGGUGAUAAAUUGUAUGAAGAAGGGGUCGAGGAAGUACAUGAAUAUUUAAAGAUGGAUAUCAGUAUCCCUAAACAAGACAUUGCUUUACAAAAUGCAAUUCUAAAUGCAUAUUCUAAUUUGCAGGAAGUGGGCAAAGCUAAAGAUCUAUUUAUAUCAAUGUCUGCUGUACCAAAAUUGAUUGGUGGUAUUAAUGAAGAAACAAUCCAAAUAAUGAUCAAAACGUAUACUUAUAGUGAUAUGAUAUACGUACAGAAAUUCUGGAAUAAUUUAUCGCAAUAUGGUAUAAUCCCCAACUAUGCUAUUUAUAGACAAUAUUUAAUUGCCCAUGUAUAUCAUGGACUUAUUGAAGACGCAAUUCAGCUUACAGAAGAUAUGAAAGACUAUGAUUUGGAAGUAACGGAAGAUACUUUACUUUCGAUGUACAAUUAUUCUUUGGAGGCUACGGAUCAAAAGGAGAUCGCUAAAUGGGCAAGCGAGAACCACAAGGACAAAUGGAAUGAAGUAAUAAAUUCAGGCUAUUUGAAAGGCGCUGAACAGUAUAUGCCCGAAAAAAAUUUAAUCGUUGGCAGUAAUGCUACCAGUUAA